CAGUGACCUAAACUUAUGUUUACAUUGUGGUCAUAUUGUGAAAAUUCCACAGGAAUUUUGUUGAAUGUUUCCGGUUGUAGUUGCACUGACGGUCUAAGAUGUCUCGCAAACGCUGCCAAAUUCUGGCAAAUGAGACAAAAAACGGUCUCUUAACAGUAUGAGCUCUGAUUACUAUGCGACCCAACAGAAUUGUAGACAAUAGAUAUACCAUCCUCACAUGGCGACCAUGUCAAUGCCCAUCAUUCAACAUGGCCACCAUCGAGGCAGGGGAGGAUCUAGUAGUAUAUCUGUGAGUAUGAAUUGCAGUUCAACAUGGGUCGUCGAAGCAGCACUUCAAUCUACCAGAGAACUCCAGUUGUGGCAAUCUUUCUUGCAGCUUUACUCCUCAGCAACAUCUUGAUCUACCUGUAUUUGGACUCUGUGUAUCAAUCAGAUAGACAACCAGUCACCACUCAUAAUGGAUGUCUGGCUCAAUACUUUAAAAUGCCAACAAUGAAGAACUGCACACCGUGGCUUCAAUGUCCUAUGAUAGAAGCGGACGUUCGCAAGCUGAAGCUCAUCGGCCAAGGGGCAGUGAAGAAGGUCUACUUGGCUGAAUGGAAGGGUCAAAAAGUGUCUGUGUCCAAACUGUCUUCUCUGAACUACUCUCAGGAUUUUCUCCAUGGAGUAUCCAUGUUAAAGGCACUGCAGGGUCCCCUGGUGGUACAAUUGGUGGGGUUUUGUCUGAAAGACCAUACCAUGGUCACACAGUACCAUCCACUGGGCUCACUUCUCAAUUUGAACAUAGUUCUGGCACAGGAGCACCAAAAGCAUCGCAACACUUGGCAGACGCGUCUGAUGUUGGCGAUAGACUACAUCUCUAUCCUCCAUUACCUCCACAACAGCCCAGCUGGGCGGAGGGUGAUGUGUGAUUCUAACAGUUUGGAGAAAACCCUCUCCCAAUUUCUGCUCACCAAUGAUUUUCACCUGGUGGUGAAUGACCUGGAUGCACUCCCUGAGGUAGACGUGUCCAGAGGCUUGCUGGUGAAAUGUGGCCACCACGAGAUCAGCGGUGACUUUGUUGCACCAGAGCAGCUGUGGCCAUUCUAUAACAAAGGGAAGCCUUUUUCAGAUGAUCUGAUGCAUGAGUAUGAUGAAAAGACAGAUAUCUGGAAGAUCCCAGAUGUCACACAAUUCCUGAUAGGAAGAGUGAUUGGAGGAGAUUUAAUCCACUUCCAUCUUUUUCAGAUUCAUAAGGAGUGUAAGUCACAAGACCCUAAACUCCGCCCUUCAGCCCUGGAUGUGUUAAUGAUUUACAAGGCAGUUUACAGCAAUAUGGCCCGAAACAAUGGUGAGUUCAGAGAAAAGCUUUAAUAUUGUAAGGAUUCUCAGGAAAGUGCUAAUGAUAUAUAUGCCCCACACCCAAAAAAAAAAACCAAAAACAUAACUGUGAUCAUUCUUUUUCUAUUGGUGGAAGUAAAUCAGCCAACUAAAAGUAGUUGGGGCGGCACAGUGUCUCAGCUGGAAAGCGCAGACCUCACAGUUCUGAGGUCCCGGGUUCAAUCCCGGACCCGUCUGUGUGGAGUUUGCAUGUUCUCCCCGUGCCUGCUUGGGUUUUCUCUGGGCACUCCGGUUUCCUCCCACAUCCCAAAAACAUGCAACAUUAAUUGGACACUCUAAAUUGCCCCUAGGUGAGAUUGUGAGUGCCGCUCUUUGUCUUGAUGUUCCCUGCUAUUGGGUGGCAACCAGUUCAGGGUGCACCCCGCCUCCUGGCCGUGGACAGCUGAGAUAGGCUCCAGCACUCCCUGUGACCCUUGUGAGGAUAAGCGGCUAAGAAAAUGGAUGAAUGUCUGGAUGGAUGGAUGGAUGGAUGGAUAAAAGUAGUUGCCAUAGCAGGGAAGUGAAGGAAACAGUUAUAGGAUGUGGGCGUGAGUGUAUAAGGAACAGAAAUUGCGACAGCGGGAGAGUAAAUCAUAGCGUGGUGAUUUUUAUGAUGAAGUCACCAAAAACCCGCUAAAUAUAAAUACCAAAUA